UAAAAAGCCCUUCUAUCAUAUUUCCUCCUCAAAGCCAACCAAAACCUUCUCUAUUAAGAAUAAUCCAAUAAUUAACAAACUCUCUAUUUCUCUCUCUCUAUAUGAAAUAUGGCUGAAGAAGUUAGAAAAGAUGAAGAGAAUAUUAAUAAUCAAGGGAUUAAGCUAUUUGGCACAACAAUAAAACUACAUGGUGAGGAAUCAAAAGAAGGAGAAAAAGAAAGCGAAGAUCGGACGGUGGAGAAGCGAUCAGAAAAGAUCAUACCGUGUCCAAGAUGCAAAAGCAUGGAAACUAAAUUCUGUUAUUUCAAUAACUACAACGUUAAUCAACCAAGACAUUUUUGUAAGGGCUGUCAGAGAUAUUGGACAGCUGGUGGGGCCCUCCGUAACGUACCGAUUGGAGCCGGUCGUCGGAAGGCCAAGCCGCCGGGUCAAGAGGAUAGCGGAUCACCGGAUAGUUGUGUAUAUGAAGCUGGUUCCGAUGAUGGGAAUAAGUGGCACGUUGACACGACUCCUCGGAGUGAUUUCCGGGAAGUUUUCUCCGGUAAGCGGCAGAGGGUGACCUCUGGUGGUGGUUAUUCGUUAGCCUUGUGAAUUCUGUCUUCUUUUUUUUUUUCCGCUUCUUCUGAAUUUUCAUGAACUAUAUGGAUGUAAUAAUUUAGAUUUUGUAUGAGGUAUAUUUAGAGAAUAUAGUUUCAAAUUAGAACGAGUUGACUAAAAAUGGUAAGAUUAAACUGUACAUAUACAUAUAGUUCAUUUUAUCGCAAAUUUGUAUUUUCAUUUGUUGAAACAACUAGUAAAAAAAAUAAUUUAUAUU